GAGUACGUGGUGAAACGUGACAACAACAAACUUCAGGAGGAAACAUCAACCCGACUUUUCUGUAGGGCGAGGUUAAUAAUACAGUGUGUGCGAGGCAGAAGAUGCUGUUGUUUUGCCCGACGUGUGGAAACGUGUUGAUCGUGGAGGAGGGCCAGAGAUGUUACAGGUUCGCGUGUAACACAUGCCCCUACGUUCACAACAUCACCCGGAAGGUCAACAACAGAAAGUACCCCAAACUAAAAGAGGUGGACGAUGUUCUUGGGGGCGCCGCUGCCUGGGAGAACGUGGAUUCCACAGCAGAGCCGUGUCCGAAGUGUGAGCACCCGAGGGCUUAUUUCAUGCAGAUUCAGACCAGAUCUGCUGAUGAACCAAUGACCACUUUCUACAAAUGCUGCAGUCUACAGUGUGGCCAUCGCUGGAGAGAUUGAGUGGACCGUUUCUUUGCAAGGACUGGUUAUUUAUGGAUAUUGCAUCUCGAAACACCAUGAAGAGUCACUUACAUAUGCACACAGGUCAUGCCCCUCUGUAGUCAAACCUUCUGUGGAAUCUUUACUUGAUAUAUGUAGUGCUAAGACAAGAACCUGAGAUAUGCGCUCUGAAGUUAUAAACAUACAUGGUGGAGCUGAAAUGAGCAGUGUUAUUUCAAAGGAGGAUUAUAUGAUGUCUUAUUUGAUAUGGAAGCAAAUGUAAGCUUGUGGGUGAUUCACCUGGGUUGAGUAAACACAUUCUUCAGCAACAACAACAACAACAAAAAAUGUGAAGUGAAACUGCUUUAAUUGGAUGAUUAACAAGCUUUUAUGUUGAAUAAAGUGACCACACACACAGAA